AUGAAUUCGGACACAGCAAAUACUGGUAUAAAACCAGAGAAAAAAAUGAAAGUAAAUCCAAUAAUAUUGGAUUCUUUCUCAAAACUUAUUGUUGAUAACGCUCAUUCGCGAAUGCAAGGUGAAAUAAAUUUACUGACAAUUCUUUUGCAGUUAAAAAAGGAUGAUCCAAAUAAUGAAGAAUUUACUUAUUCUUUGAAAAGAUUGAUUCGGGGAUUAGGAUCAUCGAAAAUGGUUUCUAGAAAAGGAUUUUUUUCUACUUUAACCACCUAUUUAAAACAAAAUUUAGACUCUGAUAUAGAUCAACUAAUAGAGAUAAUGGAAGCAGAAUUGAAAUUAGUCAGUAAUCUAUCUAAAAGUGAAAGGGGUGACAUUUAUAUGGGGAGAAUACUUUUCUGUGGAUCGUUGAUAAGAUCUAAAUUGCUGUUUAAUUGUCCAGUCGACAAACAGCAGCAGAUUUUAGAAAUUUUAUUGACUGCUGGUACUCAAAAAAGCUAUUUGUCGUUUAUUUCAAUUUCAUUUUUAAUUGAUUUUAUUGACCAAUUAGAUGAAAAGUAUAUCAAAACUCAUUUUUGGUCGUUGCUUGAAAAUCAUAUAGGCAAAAGUUGGACUGAACAUUCAUUAGAUACUUUUUAUGCAUUAUUACAUAUCAGUGUUAAAUUUCCUUCUCUGUUAAAGAAAAAAUUCCUUAAACAACAUUUGAACGCUGAGAGUAUUAUUCACAAAGAUACCAUUAACGAUUUGCUUAAACUAGUAACCGACACGCCAAGAAUUACAUCAUAUCAACAUCCGUUGUAUAAAAUAUUAAGCGAACUUUUGAUAUCAUCAGAAUGUAUUGAAGAUUUUUGGAAUGGUAUCGAUCAACGAUUUGUACAACCGUCUAAAAGUAUGGAAUACUUAGCUUUAGAAUUAUUGAAUCACAUCAUACCGAACAUUACAGAUUCAACUAAGCUACCUAGUUUAUUAUCUUCAAAUUUAUUAAACUGGAUGGUAGGAAGAUUCAAUAUUCAUCCAAGAUAUCGUAAUGAUGAUGUAGCAAAUUUGUUUCGAAAAGUAUUAGCUAAUUAUGUAUUAGCAUUAAGUAAACCAGACGUUAAACCUAAAGUUCGAAUCACUGUUUUAAAAACACUAAUACAUUAUCCUGGAGAUCUCAUGAUUGAAAAAAUAACAGGCGUAAAAGUAAUUCAAUCCAUUACGACAUAUAUGAGUUUGAAUGGAUUAAAAAAGCUAGCUAAAUUUUACACGGCAAUUGUGGAUGAUUCUGAACCCAAAAAAGCUGAAUCGAAAGAAAAAUCUUGGAGUAACGCUGAAAGAAAUUAUGCUUGCCAAUUAUUGUGUAAACUAUUAGGACAACCUGCUGUAAAUGCAGAUCUUGAUUGGAAACACGAACAGUUGACAUUUUUAUUCAAUUUUGGUAUGUGUGAAAUUGAAAAUGUUAAUGAAGAAUUGGCUUCACACAUUAAAGAUAGUUUUUAUCGAGCUUUAGAUCAUAAACAAAAAUUGCCUGAACUUUAUGCUCUUUUCGACAAGUUGGUAAGAUACAUAAACACUGAAUUGUUUGUAAAUAAAAUACUCACUCUCAGAACACCAUUGGAUGAUUCAGCGAUUGAAGCUUGGAAAAAAAUGAUGAAAUUUGUCAAAAAAACAAAAGAUGAUUCUCGAAACAAUGAAGUUAAUUUAAUUUUUCAUGUUAUGGACUUAAAUAUGGGAUUGCAAAUUUUUAUUGAUCCAACAAUGGCUAUUUCUAGUAUUAACGAAAUUCACAUUUGCUACGAAAAAUUGAAACAAAAAAAAUCUAAGAAAAAAUCUAAAAAAAUAGAAGAUGAAGAACCUGAGUGGGUCGAUGUUAUUGUUGACUUUUUGUUGUCUUUACUUUCACAGAGCAAUCAUUUGUUAAGAUCACUUGUACAACGCGUUUUUCCACACUUGUGUCCAGUACUUACAGCAACCUCUGUGCAUCGAAUAUUGGAAGUCCUCGAUCCAAAAGAUGAUAAAGGUCCACUUGUUCCUGAAGGUACCGAAAAUGAUUCUUCUGAUGAUGAAUCAAAUUCUGAAGACGAGGAUUCCGAUAAUAACAGUGAAAAAAUGAUUAAAAAAAAAUCUGUUACAAAAAACUCUGUUGAAGAAAAUGAAGAUGACGAUGACGAUGAAGACGAAGACGAUGAUGAUUUUGAUGAAGAGGACGAAGAUGAAACGAUUAAUGAUCGUUUAAGAAUGGCAGUUAGACAAGCUCUUGGAAGUGCAUCAGCCAACCCUGAUGUUAAUGACAUUGAUUUAGACGAGAUUGAUGAAGAAGAAGGCAAACGUCUCGAUGAAUCUUUAGCUGCAGCUUUUAAAAUCCUCCGGGAAAGUCGACCAAAUAAAAAGAAGCAAGAAAAAAGUGCUGAAGCCCUAACUCAUUUUCGAGUUCGAGUAAUUGAUCUUCUUGAUAUUUAUAUUGAUUCUGGACCUUCAAUGGCAUUAGUUUUAGAUAUGCUAGUACCUUUAUUUGCUUUACUGGAGUUUUGCAUAAAAGAUGUUCAUCAGGAACCUUUGGAAGGACGAGUACGUUCAUGUCUUAAGAAAUUAUCAUCGGUAAAAAAAUUCAAAGACACAGAAGGUGUAGAUGAAAAACUACUCACUGAUUUAGCAACGAUAUUAAUUGAAAAAGGUGAACGAUCAGCAGCAGUUUGUCAAGAAAUGGGAGAUAAAUUAGCUGAGUGCUAUGCAUUAAUAAUAAAAUGUUUCCAACAAACUGACUUACCGCAAGAUUCUUUGGUCAAAAUUUACAUUGAUUGUUUGAAAAAAUUUUUCAAGAAACGAGACUGUAUUCUUCCUGCAAACUUAUUCAAAAAUACUCUUAAUCUUCUCUGGACUGGAAACUGGCAAUUAAUGCCGUUACUCAUUGAUUAUGCAUUUGAUAAUACUAUAAGAUCUUAUCGUCGGAGCCAAGCUUUAGAAUUUAUGAUAAUAUUCUAUCAUAAUCAUCGAUUAAUGAAAAGCGAAGAAGAUUCAAAUCUUCGAUUGAAUAUUGAAAAAAAACUGUGUAAAAAUACGGUAAAAUUGUUCCAGGAACUUACUACUCAUCAAGAUAAAUAUAAUAAUGAAUGUUCUAAGACAGACAAUGACGUUACUUCAAAGGAGCUACGACAAAAAUUUGUUGGUUUGCUUUGGACAUUAUUAUCUGCUAUCUAUCCACAUCAGUUGCCGAAAGCUUGGAAUUGGAAGAGCAUUGCUCUCUUAAUUACUGAAUAUCGAGAAAAAAAUUCUUUCUCUAAAGAUGCUAAAACUGCAUACAAAAAAUUAGCUUCGCAAAUUGGAGCACCGAUUAAUGUAACAACUAAAAUAAAAGAACAAAAAAAGGAGCCGAUGAAAAAUGGAACAUUAUCAAAGGAUUUCGAGAAAGAGAACGAAGAAGUUGAAGAAUUAAAUGAUGAAAAAUCAUCAGAAGAAAAUGAUAAAGUUUUGGUUAAAAAAUUGAAAAAAGAACUGAAGAAACAGUUAAAAAAUCGUAGUAAGAAAGGAGAUAAGCAAAAAUUGAAAAAAGAAGCUCGUGAAUUAAGAGCCAAAUUAAUGUCUGAAGGUUUGGAAACUGUGAACUUUAGUUCAGUUGUGAUUCCGGAAGAAAUUAUUGAUGAUGAGCCAAUGGAGACUGCAGAACCUACGGAAAACGGAAUUUCCAAAGAAACCAGAAAAAAUAAGUUGAUUGAGAAAUCAUCAAAAAAACGCACACAUACAGGUAACGAACGAUCUAACAAAUCAAAAAAGAAAAAACAUGUUUAAAAUUUUUUAUUGUUAUAAUUAAAUAAAUUAUGAGGUUAAUAAAUCAUUUUU